UCUCUCUCUCGCUCUCUCUCUCGCUCUCGCUCUCUCCAUCCCUCCACUCCUCGCGCGCACUGGCGCGGGUGUUUUACUCCCCUCCUCGCGCAUCUACUCGGAUUGUGUGCGCGCGCUCCGUCUCUGUCACUCUGAGAGUCUCGUGAGGACUAACGGCGCGGGCCGGACUCCGGGGUGAGCGGCGGUUUGUUUGUAUGGGAUGCGCGCGCUCGGUCCCGGGCACGGGCUGCGCAGUGAUGGCUCGCGGCUCCUGCACGCGCUCCGUCGCGGCGUUGCUGCUGCUAAAGCUGAUGCUGCUGCUAAGUUCCGCCACAGCUGCCAGAGGAGGAAACCGGGGCGGACUCUCGGCUCUGACCGGGACACUGCCUCACUUCCUGCAGGAGCCGGACGACGCCUACAUCGUCAAGAGUAACCCAAUCAAACUGCGGUGCCGAGCCAGACCCGCCCUGCAGAUCUUCUUCAAAUGCAACGGAGAGUGGGUCCACCAGAACCAGCACACUUCAGUGGAGCACACUGACCUGGGAACAGGUCUGAAGAUCCGUGAAGUAAUGAUCAAUGUGUCUCGGCAGCAGGUGGAGGAUUUCCACGGGCCUGAGGACUACUGGUGUCUGUGUGUAGCCUGGAGUCACCUGGGCACCUCCAAGAGCCGCAAGGCCACUGUCCGCAUCGCAUACCUGAGGAAAAACUUUGAGCAGGAGCCGCAGGGCAAGGAGGUGCCAAUCAAAGGCAUGAUUGUCCUCCACUGCCGCCCUCCGGAGGGGGUGCCUCCAGCUGAGGUGGAGUGGCUGAAGAAUGAUGAGCCCAUCAGUACGGUGGACGACGGUAACAUUGACACUCGAGCGGACCACAACCUGAUCAUCAGUGAGGCUCGACUCUCGGACUCGGGAAACUACACCUGUCUGGCCAGCAACAUAGUUGCUAGGAGACGCAGCGCUUCGGCUACGGUUAUUGUAUAUGUUAAUGGCGGGUGGUCAUCGUGGACAGACUGGUCAGACUGUAGUGUGCGAUGUGGGCGGGGCAUUCAGAGACGCUCGCGCACCUGCACCAAUCCAGCACCACUUAACGGCGGGGCUUUCUGUGAGGGCAUGUCUGUCCAGAAGAGCACAUGCACCUCCCCUUGCCCAGUGGACGGUGGCUGGUCCGGCUGGACUGAGUGGUCAGUGUGCAGUUCGGAGUGUGAGAGGCAGCGCGGCAGAGAGUGCACCGACCCUGAGCCCAAGCAUGGGGGCAGACUGUGUGACGGGGCAGCGCUGGACACGGAAAACUGCACCGGAGACCUCUGUACUCAGGAUAAAAAGCUCCUGCAUGAUAUGAAGGUUCCUCCAGCAACUGAAGUGGAGAGCAACAAUGACAUCGCCCUGUAUUCUGGUCUGGCGGCUGGACUGGUCACUGUGGUGCUGCUGGUGGUCGCAGGGGCGCUCUACAGGCGGAGUCAGAGCGAGUACGGCGUCGACGUCAUUGACUCGUCCGCCCUGACCGGAGGAUUCCAGUCCUUCAGCUUUAAGAGUGCCAGACAGGGUAAUCCUCUACUCAUUAACUCCUCCAUGCCGCCGGACCUCACCAUGUCCCGGACCUUCACCAGCCCCAUCUGCUUCCCCGACUCCAUGGACAAGGACCUCAUGUCCGAGCAGUCGCUCUUCGACCCCCUGCCGGACGUCAAGGUCAAGGUUCACAGCUCUUUCAUGGUGUCCCUGGGCGUGUCGGAGAGGGCGGAGUAUCACCCCAAAGUCCCGCCCCAAACCUUCCCCCGGGGCAUGGUUCAGGACCUGGGUGGAAGGGGUGGCACCUUGGGAGGGAGGGGGAGGGGCUUGCUCAGCCCGAACUUGGGGUUCACACCCCGAACGGCCAAUUCUGACAAACCCUUCCUCCGGACCAGCGGACUGUUUGGGCACGGGGGAGGCCGACUGGUGCUGCCAAACACAGGUGUGAGUUUGCUGGUUCCUCACGGGGCGAUUGCAGAGGACACAAGCUGUGAAUUGCAUAUGAGCAUCAAUCAAGAAGACACCUGUGUCCUGUCAGAAGACUCUCAGGAGGUUCUGUUGGGUCCAGAGGUCUCGUAUGGUCCACCUGGACUGGACCUCUCGUGCCCUGUUGCCAUGACGAUCGCGCACUGUGCAGACAUGAGCUCAGACGACUGGAGCAUGAAACUGAGGAGACAGACCCAGGAGGACAGCUGGGAGGAUGUGAUGUCAGUAGAGGGUGAGAGUGCCUCCUGUUACUGCCUGCUGGAGCCUCAGUGCUGCCACCUGCUGGUGGAUCGUCCAGGCCGCUACACCCUGGUGGGGGAGCCGCUGAGCGAGGCUGCGGGGAAGAGGCUCCGCCUUGCCGUGUUCGGCAACCUGGAGGCAGACGCCCUCACCUACAGCCUGCGGGUCUACUGUGUGGACGACACCCCUUACGCCUUCCAGGAGGUGGUGUGGUUGGAGCGUGGUCAGGGUGGGCGUCUCCUGGAGGAGCCCAAGACCCUGCUGUUUAAAGCAAACUGCUUCAGCCUGCAGAUCUCCAUCCAGGACGUCCCGCAAUUCCUGUGGAGCAUCAAACCUUUCACCACCUGCCAGGAGUUUGGCUUCUCUCAGGUUUGGGGCAGUAAUCAGUCUCCUCUGCAGUGUGCCUUCACCCUGGAGCGCUUCAGCCAGGCAACCAAUCAGCUCUCCUGCAAGAUCAGCAUACGGCAGGUCAAAGGGCAGGAGCAGAUCCUGCAGGUCUACACCACUGUGGGUGAGAGCCAAAAGGAAGUCGUGCCGUUCUUCGCCCAGUCGGACUGUACCAUCACCUCUCAGACGGGCGCCAGGGCUUUCAAAAUCCCCCUCUCCAUACGCCAGCGCAUCUGCGCCACCUUCGACACAGCCAACGCCAAGGGCAAGGACUGGCAGCUCCUAGCGCAAAAACUGCAAAUCGACAGGAACCUGGGAUAUUUUGCACGACAGAAGAGCCCGUCAGCAGUCAUCCUCUGCCUGUGGGAGGCUCAGCACCAAGACAGAGGAGACUUGGACUCUCUAGCCAGUGCUCUAGAAGAGAUCGGCCGGGUUCACUCCAAACAUCCUUGUUUGCCGGCCACCCUGGACCACCCCAGACAUCCUCCGACCAUCAUCAUGGGAAACCUGAACAACCCCAGAGCCUCAACUAUGUCUUGUGCGCUUAGCCAAUCCAAACACCUGGCCAUCAUGGAUUGCCUGAACCAACCGAGUCAUCUCCCUAACCCUGUCACCCUCAACCACUCCAACAACACAUCUAGCAUGGGUAUGCUGGACUCUUCUAAACAGCUCACCAUUGCUAGUACCUUUGACCAGUCCAACCAUUCCAAGCAGUUAGCCAUUACUGGUAUGCUGGACCAACCGAAGCAACUGACUAUUGGAGGUACCACUGACCAAUACAUACACUCAGCUAACAUGGAUACCCUGGACCAUUCAAAACAGCUGGCAGUCACUGGUGCCCUGAUGGACCAGCCCAAACACUUAGUCAACCCACACACCCUCAGCAACCCUAAACACCUAGCUAGCACCGGCACCCUUGACCACUCCAAAGAGUUGGUCAUUGCUGGAACCCUGGACCACUCCCUCAGCAACCCCAAACAGCCAGCCAACACAGGCUCCCUGGACCAGCAUUCCAAACAGUUGAACAUUGGUAGUCCAAUGGAGCAUCCCAAACACUCCCCCAAGCAGCUGACCUUUGCUGAUACCUUGGAGUCCAAAAACUCUGAUAUACUUACCCUGGACCAAUCUAUAUACCCCGCAAUCAUGCCCACAUUGGACUGUUCCAAACAUUCAACCCCAAGUGGAACCUCCAACACUUUGCCAACUCUCGGCCACUACAACGACGACCUAGACUCUGACCACACAUAGUAAUCAAACCAUUGCCCCAGAAAUGACUUGCCAGUAGCAAAGCCUCUUUGAAAAAAAGAGGCAGAGAGAUGGAGCUUGUAGGUUACAGUCUGAGGGGUUGCCGUGGGUCAUCAGACAUCCCCUUCCACUCCAGGGAAAGCCUUUCCUCUGUCUAAGUGACUGCUAUGAAAAAAAAAAUACAAGCUUUUUUGAAGACGUUGUAUCUGGAUGAUGUAAUAUGCUAGCCUCUGCUCGAAUCUGGGCCAAUGAAAGGUAUUUGAUCUUGGUGAAAAGGCGCAAGAGGCUUAGACUCUUUGGUCCUUUUACCCUAUAGCCCUCAUCUGCUACUGUGCUGUGAAGUUGUUGUCGUUCCUUUCUGAACUUUAUCCUUGGCCAUCUUUCUGUUCCUAUACAAAGCCUGCCAGAUGCAAUGUUGUUGUGACUAGCGGUUGCUUAAAAUACAAGGUAGUAGGAAACUGCAGGAAGAAGUACCACAGUGUCACAAAGAGCUGCGAUAUGGGACUACUAUGUUAAAGCAUGCAAUUUGACCCUUUACGCU